AUGUUUGUCAGUGGCAGACCUCUCCCAGAAUCCAAGAGAAAGAAAAUGAUCCAACUGGCCUCAGAAGGAGUCCGUCCAAGCCAGAUCUCCAGGAUACUGCGGGUGUCCAACGGGUGCGUCAGUAAGAUCCUGAGUCGAUACCGGCGCACGGGUCUCCUGGAGCCCAAAGCCAUCGGAGGCAGCAGACCUCGACUUCUCACCCGCAGAGUCAUCGGCAUGAUCGCACAGUGCAAAAGGGAAAACCCAACGAUUUUCGCUUGGGAAAUCCAAAAACGGCUCGCAGCAGCGCCAAUAUGGAAGACGUCCAAAAUUCCCAGCGUGUCAUCUAUAAAUCGGAUUUUAAGAAAGAUCCAUUUGGACCAUUGGCCGGUAUCCACGGGGCUCAACGUGCACAUCAGGCCUGAACUGGAUUUUGAACCCACAACCCAAAAUGAAAUGCAUAAUAAAGAGACGUUUGGAUGCUGUGAGGACCACAAGCUGAAAGAUGUCCAGCAUCGAACCCGAACCAUCUUCAGCCCAGAACAGAACAGAGCGCUCGAGCAAGAGUUUUCUCACAGUCAGUAUGCAGACAUGUUCACAAGAGAGAAACUGUCAGCUGAGAUUAAACUCCCAGAGGACACCAUUAAGGUUUGGUUUUCAAAUAGACGGGCUAAAUGGCGGCGAGAAGCCAAAGAGAGGACCAGCACACAAGCUCGGUGUCUAAAUAAAAAUGAUGUCUUUUGUGCGACGGCCGCGGAGCAGCAUAGCAUCACGGCUCAGCAGGGAGCUGGAGUUUCUACGGUGUCCUGUGAAAAACACACAUCACAGUACUACAACACAGGAUCCAUUUUUCCUUCACAAACAGGUUUCGGGAAUUCUCAACAUGUGACAGUGGUCUCAGCGUCACCGUGGAAUCUCCAUCAAUCGAGUGACAUAAUGACACAGAAAACCCUACUCGGCCUCCACAUGGACAGAUUCACGCCCCCGUGGGUCCACCAUCACCCAGUCACAGCGGGGGACACAACAGACUCCUGGAAUCAGCAGCACAUUUCUGCCACCUGGUCUCAAAGUGAUGAGCGGUUUUUGUUGAUCCGGCCUUGACAACCACAUCGCGACCUGAACGUACAACUCCUCAUUACUUUUUACACCAAGGAAAGUGUCCUGCAUUCUUCAGCAGAUGUGUCAAUGGUGACGAAUUUAAUGUAAAAACUAUAUUUUAGGAAAAGUAUUUGUUAUAAGCGGAUGAUGUACUAGAGAA